CACUUUAAAUGACUCAGGAAGUGAAAGCAGGCCGCCUGACGGGGAAAGGGAAAGUGGAACCGGGGCGGCGCGGGGGCCGGCGGCGGCCGCGAUCUCGCCCGGGUAGCGGGAGGCCGAACGGGCGGCGCGACGCGGGGGCCGACGGGGGCGCCGGGCGGCCGCGCCGGAAGUGCCCGGCGCGGCAGAGGAAGCGCAAGGACCCUGCGGAGCAGGCAGAGCCGGUGGGAAGGCUCUUUGCUGCUUCGCCCGGGCAGGGGCUUCCGCGGCCCCAGGUCCCGCUCCGAGAGGCGAGGCGGUCCAGGCGGGCGGCAACUCCCGAGGAAGGGAGCCUGGGCGGGAGGAGGAAGUGAGGAGGCCGCGCGGAGGGAAGGCGGCGAGCCCCGAGGCCCCGAGGCCUUGGCAGCGUCACAGCACCCACAUGGCCUCCGGAGUGGGCGCGGCCAUCGAGGAGCUGCCUCACGACGGCACGUGUGACGAGUGCGAGCCCGACGAGGCUCCGGGGGCCGAGGAAGUGUGCCGAGAAUGCGGCUUCUGCUACUGCCGCCGCCACGCCGAGGCGCACAGGCAGAAAUUCCUCAGUCACCACCUGGCCGAAUACAUCCACGGCGCCGAGGCCUGGACCCCGCCGGUUGACAGGGAGGGGGCGGGGAAGGAAGAAGCGGAGGAGGUCAAGGUGGAGCAGGAGAGGGAGAUAGAAAGCGAAGCAGGGGAAGGGAGCGAGUCGGAGGAAGAGAGCGAGUCAGAGGAAGAGAGCGAGACAGAGGAAGAGAGUGAGGAUGAGAGCGAUGAGGAGAGCGAAGAAGACAGCGAGGAAGAAAUGGAGGAUGAGCAAGAAAGCGAAGCUGAAGAAGACAACCAGGAAGAAGGGGAAUCUGAAGCAGAGGGAGAAACUGAGGCAGAAAGUGAAUUUGACCCAGAAAUAGAAAUGGAAGCAGAGAGAGUGGCCAAGAGGAAGUGUCCGGACCAUGGGCUCGAUUUGAGCACCUAUUGCCAGGAAGACAGGCAGCUCAUCUGUGUCCUGUGUCCAGUCAUUGGAGCUCACCAGGGCCACCAACUUUCCACCCUAGACGAAGCCUUUGAAGAACUAAGAAGCAAAGACUCAGGUGGACUGAAGGCAGCUAUGAUCGAAUUGGUGGAAAGGUUGAAGUUCAAGAGCUCAGACCCUAAAGUAACUCGGGACCAAAUGAAGAUGUUUAUACAGCAGGAAUUUAAGAAAGUUCAGAAAGUGAUUGCCGAUGAGGAGCAGAAGGCCCUUCAUCUAGUGGACAUCCAGGAGGCAAUGGCCACAGCUCAUGUGACUGAGAUACUGGCAGACAUCCAAUCCCACAUGGAUAGGUUGAUGACUCAGAUGGCCCAAGCCAAGGAACAACUUGAUACCUCUAAUGAAUCAGCUGAGCCAAAGGCAGAGGGCGAUGAGGAAGGACCCAGAAGUACCUUUUGCCUCCUGCCAUGAUUCUGAGGCCUCCACAGCCAUAUGGAACUUGGUGCCAGUGAAGAAGAGGACACAUGAAGGCUACUACCCCCAGUGGAAAAUCAUCCCCUCCCCUUGUGUGUAUGUGACAGCGUGUAUGUAACGGCUUCUGAUUUCUGUGAAAGCUGCUCAGCCACAAACGUACUUCCGCCGGAUGUGUCCCCAGAUCCACAGCAGGCACAUAUCUCUCCAAGGGAUGACCAGUUUUAUGCUUACUGACUGUGCUCUUCUCAUCCUCUGUGGUAGGUCAAGGAAAAGAGCCCAUUUGAUCCACCGGGAGCAAUUAAGGGUCCUUCAAGUAAUCCCUCAGUGGCUGCUUUGAACUUACUCAGGAAAGCCAGCCCCCAUAAUAUUUUACAACCAAACAGUACGCUUUGUUAGGAAGGAUCUGGAAUAAUCUUGAAGGAAAGUCAGAGUUUUCUCCCUGGCUAUUGACAAAAACCCAGUUUUGUUCAUAUCAAAGCAUGAAAUAAAUGAGGGCAAGGCAGGGCCAAAUUGCCUCAUAUUGUCCCUAAAAGUCCAGUUCUAUGUUUGUGAAAAUGUGGUGCCAUGAAUUAAUAUGGAUGACUGGAAAAAGGUGUUGGAGAAAGACUUAAAGGUUAGGAAGAGAUAUUUUUAGUAUAUGAAGUUAUCUAGGACUUGAGCUUCAUAAUUCAGUGCUGUGGAAGUGAAAAAAAAUGAUUGAAGAGGUGGAAAGGAAAUGACCUUAGGAGGGGGAAAAGGACCAAAGAAAUCUGAUUAAAAGGUGAAAUCAGUGUUUCCAAAUUCAAAUUGCCUGAAUUUCUAAAAUAGUCACUAAAGGAUCUAAUAGAACCAGAAUUAUGUGGGUGAAUUCUGCAGGUUUUAUGGGCUUAUCACAAUAUGAAGGGCUGGAAUGUAUAUUACCAAAUGGGAAUUUUCAGUGUAGGUUUUUACUAUUCCCACCCCAAUUUUAGCCUAAUUUGGCUUAAAUGCAGUAGGGGGAGAAUUAUUGCCACUCCAUGUGUUCUGAAUGCAGCUCAUCUCCCAGCAGAUAGAUAUAUACCCUCCUUUAACUCCAACCAGAACCCUUCUUCCUGUGGCACCCCCCACCCACAGACCUUCAAAUCAUCUCCCACACCCUGGAUCUCGCUCUCCUCUUAGUAACAGACACACCUGAAGUUGGACUUCCUUGCUUUUCUCUAUGCCCAAAUCACAGUUUCUUACAACCAAGCUUUGUACUCCCAAGUAAGCAGGGAUGUGCUAGGGGAAUAUAAAACUGCAAACUUAAAAACCUGCAUCUUCUUGAAGCAUCAGUUUUAUUUACCAAAUAGUUCAGAGUCAGGAGAUGACCUAUUUUUAUAUAAAAGUUAUAUUAUAGAAUAAAAUGUUCAGAUAAAAUAAACUGUUAAGAUAAAAUAGGAAUCUUGAAAGGUACUUCUUACUUGCAGGUGGGCUAUGUGUUCACUCUUCUCUGUCUUUAUGGUAUUUUGGGGUUCACUUAUGAGGAAUACAACCGGAACCAUAUCCAAGCAGACUCUGGGUGCUGCUAAACCAGGACCUAGACUUCUAGUGCCUCUAAGGCAAAACCAAAGCAGCCUGCACUGGGGGAAAAUCCCUUUUCCCGCCUGCCUGUCUGCCUGUGACCUGUGUACCUAUUACAAGCAUUAGGGCCAGCUGGUUUUUGUGCUUGCAGGAUGGUUUGAAACAGAAACAAUACUUGUUUACUGUAGGAGUCCUAUUUAUUUUUUAGUCCUGUGAAUGCUGUGAAAUGAUUUAUUCCUUUGAGGCCAAGAAGCUCCCAGGCAUAUAUGCUUCUAGGUUAGGAUUGUCAUAACUCACUAAAAAUGUCAGGAUAUUGGGGCUAAGUAGAGUCUGAAAUGUAAAAAAAAAAAAAAAAAAAAAAAAAGGUGUUUUUCUCUCAAUCUUGUGGUCAAGAAAUGGCUAAGACAAUUUUGAUGCUUUACCUAUCUGUGCAAAGACUGGAGAAUUUGGCAUACCGUUACUUAGAACCUCCAAUCAUAUCCAACAAAACUACCCUAAAAGAAGGACCAGUGGUCACUCUCAGAAAAGUUUAAAUAUCAGAAGAUUAAAAAGAUUUUAGGAUUUGGAAGCAUGUUGUCUUUCCCCAAUAAUCAUUGUUUGAUAUCCAAAUAGUAGCCUUAUAUUAGCAAUGGAGAGAUCAUUGGCUGUCCGUAUCUGAUCAUAUGUUAUUACUUUGAAUCAGUAUUUGGGAAAUUCAAGCCUUUAUGCAGUGGAUAUAAAUGGAAAUCUGAAAAUAUGUGCCAACCUGUCUCAGUAACUUAUCAUAUCUCUGUAAUCCUCAAGGAAAGCACUUUUGCUUUUACUUAGAAAGGGUUUGAGAUUUGCUUUAUAGACUCCUGCUGUCUUCAGCACCUGAUAAAACUUUAACCAGGGAAGCAUUAAACACAGCACAGCAGCUUUUGCCCAGGCUCCUAAGUUCCUGCCGGCAGCAUUUAUCAAUGUAAGAACUAGGAUGCUUCCUGCAGGGGCACCACCUUCCCCCAGAGCUGGAGCAUGCUGCUUGGCCUUAAGCCCCAGCAUGAUGAGGCUUCCCUCCUGCCAGGUUAGUAAAAGUUAGAGAGCUCAGAAUUGUGUCUUGUCUGGCUGCAGGUUGUAGGGUUUGCAGAAACCCCUAACGAGAUGUCACCAAGGUGGGCAGGUAAUGAAUGUCUCCAGAAUCAGUCAGAUACUCAGCAAUUUCUAGCUACCUUUCAAAUGCUGAAUUUCUGGAUGCUGAGAGGGACUUUGGUUUGAUAUCAUUAAAUCCAGGACAGUCUCAAGAAGUGCUUGGAGUCUUGGCUUUGACAGCUCAAGAAGGGGAAUAACUUAUAUUAAGGAACAACUAUGAGCCAGGCCCUAAAUGACACCCUGUUUCUUAGAUAAUAAAACAGAUGGGGAGCAUUAGAGUCAUUUGCUUCAAGUUACACAGCUAGGAAAUACUCAAGCCAGAUCUUGAAUCCAGCUCUCCCUAAUUCUCUGGACAGGCACUUUGUACCAUACACCCUGGUCCAUCUAAAGACAGAAGGAUAAAGAGGCUUCAGGUUUUUCCCACUGCACUUUGACCAUCCCAAUUUAUGAAUCUUUUUCAAAGUGACAUUUCACAGUUGCAGUUAGGGCUCAGAAAUGGCAUUGUGGUGGCCUUAUUUCUUUCCUUUAGCAGAUACUUUAAGUACACCUUGCUGACUUGAGCCCACCCCCAGGAGCUGGGAGAACCUUUCCUUUUUUGUGCCAUCUUCCAUAAAAAGGAAGAUGUUUCUUGACCUUCAAGGGUACAGAACUUUGCAGCAGUAGUAAAAGUAAAGGGUGUUCUGCUCUCUACUCAACUUUAUUUGAAAAUGUCAGCAGCUUCACUGCUGUAGAAAAGGAAAUCUUCAUAUUUUAGUAAACCUAGCUGCCAGUGUGCUCUGUGAGGAUGUAGCAAUUCAAAGUCCAGUGAAUCUGGACUUUCUACUAAUUCCUGUUUGUGUGUGGUGGGGGGAUGGUGGUGGUGGUGGUAUAUGUACCUAUAUAUAAAUGCUAAAUGACAAGUGUGAUGUGUGUAUAUAUGUAUAUACAUACAUAUAUAACCACUCAUACGACAUACAGAAUACCUGAGAACUAAGGAAAACUCAAAGCAGCCCUUCAUUAUCUUGCAUACUACUUCAGAGGUUUCUGUCAGCCCUAAUUACAAGUGCCGCCAUAUAGUUGGAGCUUAGGUACUUGCUUACAAGAAGGGCAAUUCUCUAGCAAAGUUAUUAGCUCCUAAAGCACUGAGUCAAAGUGACAGCCCUGAAGGAAAUUGCACUCCAGCCCUCCUCCAAGAUGUUUGAUAACACAGGAAAUUUGGAUGCCCAGCCAUUUUGGUGACCUGAGAGUCUAAUUAUUCAAUUUAGACCUGAGGGCACGAAUGCAGAAUUCAUGAUCUUGUAGUAGUGGCAGGGUCUAGGAAGUCCUCUCUCCCUAAGUAGAAAAUAUUAUCUUGCCAUUCCUGAAAUUCCACACUCAUAUAAUGGCCGUUCAAUACAUGCUUCUCAAUAAGAAAAUGAAUUGCAUGUUUACUGUGUGCUGAUAACAUCAGAUUUUUAUGUUUAAAAAAAUCUCAUUAUGGAUUGAGUCCAGCCCAGCCCUAAGAGAAGAAGAAGGCCCAUAGGGGAGACUUCAGAUCUCAUUAUUAUUGCCUUUAUCCAGCAGUGCUUAUGAAGCCCCCUAACCCUGUCGCAUUCCAGAAACCAUAAGACUCAGGCAGUUCUUGCUUCUGAAGGCCUGCCUGGUAAGAUAGUAUCAUUUGGAACUGAGAACACACCGGAAACAACAGAACAAGGCCCAGAGAAGAAAAAUGAAAAUAACUGAAGAUACCUGUGGGUACAUUGGUGCAAAAAAAGCCACGGAGCCCAUACUGGGCUUGAUAUGACUUUGAGGGGACAGCAGAUUAAUACUUAAUGAAAGUUAAAUCUGACCAGUCUUUCUACAGUGACAGGCCACACUGCAUGAAUGGGGAGAACCAAUGAAUUCAUUGUCCUCUGCCUAUUUUCCUGUGCACCAUCACAUUCCCUCCUUAGUCAUCUUCCCCUUCCACCCUUUACAUUAAACAAGGGAACACUGAAUCUUUCAAGGGAAUUACACAUUUGAGUUAAUGUUUCAGUAUAUCAUUUUCAUACUGUAAAUUAUUUUGUAAGAGAGAUUUACUGCUAUCCCAGGAUGUUCGGACUCAGCGCCCCUGUGCAUUUGCAAAUCAAUAAACUAUUACUGGAAAUGCCA